AUGACCGAGAGACUUAAUACAAUCGAAGAAACUCAUCAUAAUAAUCUUGGUAGAAUUGCAUUCGAAUUCACAUCAAUCAAUGCUUCUAUCUCAACGCUCCAAAACGAAAUUAAUCGGCAUUAUGCUCUUGUCCAAAGAAUCGAACCUAUUGAGGAAGCAGACCAAUCCGAAGCUUCUGAUUCGAGCCAACGUUCAUUUUCCAAGAAAUUUGGAACCAG